AUGUUCUUUUCUGUUUCUAACAUUUUUUCUACAAGUUAUGCGAGCUAUAUGCGAUGCAAUUGGCUUACAAGUGCCAAUGUGCUCAACGUUGUUUACCGCGCCGUUGAGCAGAGGUCGUUCUCAGUGUAUGCUCUAAGGCCGUCGCGUACGCUGUCCUCAAGAACGUUCUUUCGGUCUGCAACUGCCCUGUCAAAUGUCGAAAUUCAUCCCUCCCCAUCUCCAACAUAUUUUCCGUCAUACCUGGAUCCAUCUCUUUCUUCACCCCAGCUCUCUCGUGCAGCCUCUCAUGCUAUAAGGGUAUCCAUGCAGCACGCCGACGUCAGUGGCGCCUAUCACAUUUUUAACUCUGUCCGGUUCUCAUCUUUGAUGGCGAAUUCUUCGAUCCUCAACGAUCCAGAGAUGGUUGGAAAAUAUGAACCAUUCAGAAACAUUGCCAUUAAGCUCCCUCGCCCCGUGUCGCCCCGAUUAUCCGCACACACACUUCUUCACGCACUUAUUCGGCAAAGAUUUUUCAGGAAAGCGUACAGUGUAUGCAGUUGGAUGAUGGCGAACGGAAUACCUAUCCAUGUCACAACCUUGGAAGCUGUCAUCAAGGGAUAUGCGGCGUCAUCUGCACCCAAAGCAUGGGUCAAAGAGCAGUACAUCAUGCUGCAAGCCGCUCUCAAAACGCCUGCUGUAUUUAAUCCAGGACCCGCCGUGACCAAGGAUGAAUUUAUCAUCUCCACUCUCCAGAUCUUGCAAUCUGCUCGUGAAUACAAGCAGAAACGCACGGACCGUAUGUUCCGGGCAUUGAUUGGCAGCUGUAUCCUGCAUGGAGAGAUAAUUCUUGCAUCGUUGAUAUUUGUCGGCCUCGUUCAUGACUGGGAAGUCAAGGAUGCCCUUGCAGAAGAGCUAGAUUCUUUGGCACUGGACUCAAACGAGGAGACGGAGAAAUCACGACAUCUACUAACCAACUAUCAACAUCUUCGGCAAGUCUGUAGCAAACCACGUUCUCUUUCCUUGCAGACCAUUGUUUCCUCCAUUAACGAAAAACUAUCCCAAAGACCUGUCGACGAUGCUUCGAAAGCAGAGUUUGACGCGUCAUUGCAGGCUCUAGCCAACCUAGCGGUUCUCCUUGAUCUUCGCGAGUAUCCUUUCCCGGACGUCGCAGCCCUCAUCCGCGCGCUUUAUCGCUGUCCUUACAGCGAGAGCAAAGUAUGGAUACUGGACAAGGACAAUAAGCCGACGCAGGUGAAAGCUUAUGAUUAUUUUCAUAGCGUUCUCAGACGGCUCCUUGAUGAUCUCCCGCCGCAACGCUCCCCCCGUAAGGAGCCAUCCAUCCACGGGGCUAUCACACCUCCUGAGAAUGUCCCGCCACUUCCAUCCCGCAUAGUGACUCGUCGACAGUUGCCCAUGUUAGACCUUCACAGCUGCAAUGCUCUCCUUCACUACUCCCUUACCCACCGUUCUUCGCCUAAGAAAGCAGAUCAUGUUCUCAACUACAUGGUCGAACGUGAAAAGCCUUUAUGGCCGGAUAUCGUGACGUAUAAUACUCUUAUACGGUCGGGUACCCGCUUGAAACGCUCUGAUAUCACCCAUGCUGCCAUGAGCAUCUUACGGAAUGAGGAGCAUUUAGUCAGUCUCGGUCUUUCAUCAGAUGGUGUUGAUGCAUUCCUCGGGCCCACACUAUCGUAUCCAGUAGCGCCAGGUUCCAGCCGCGUCUCAAAGGCACGUUAUCGUGCACAGACAGAAAGUAUGACACUCCGUGCCCCUGCCUCGACCGUUGCCAAAGUCCUUGAUAUCGUAACCCUCACAUCAUACCUCAAACAUCUUUCCGAGACCAAAAACUACAAUGGUAUAAUCCAAUUACUCUCCAUGAUCUUUCCCAAACUGUCCACGACGGACCUUUUCUCACCCUGGGAGUUCCGCCCCGUCUUGCUCAGCAAGGUAGCCAAAGAGCUAACACAGUCGUACAUUCGUCGCGGGGUGGAGUACGGCCCGGUAUUCUUUGCAACGAUGAUAGAAGGGCUCCGAAGGGGUGGGCACACUGGUCUUGCCGAGCGUGUGUGGAAUCUUGCAAGAUGGUCUGAACGAGCGAGCUUCCUCCCGGAAAUGAACUCUACGAAUCGACCCUGGAGGCUGCACAUCCACGCGUACACCGCGAUGGUGUCGUGCUAUGCCCGGGAGGCCAACUAUGUUGGAUCCUACCCCCAGGUGAAGGGAUGGGGUUAUGACAACGAAACGCGGAAAAACACUCGUAUGAACCGCUUCGGCCCACGGCGUGACGUGGGAAGGCGUUCUGCGUUUGCGUUCUACCUCUCGUUUUGCGAUGAAUCGGUGAACCGUGAUUUCAUGGAGCUCGCACAAAAAGCCAUAGCUCUAGGGAUGGAAGUGGAUCCGAAGCAGAUCAAGGAGCCAAAGGCUGAUGCAAGGUUCUUUUAUGCUGUGCUACAAGCGCUGGUGCCUUUGGAGCUACUUCCUACGAGUGGGGUGAGGUUCCCGUGGCUUCGCUUGCUGGACGAAGAACUUGAACUCGGGCUUCGUCCUCGCUACGAAGCCUGCGACUCCGUACACAUGGACAGUCUAUAUCGAGUUGCCACUGACAUGUAUGCUGCUGGACUCCAAGUGGCUCCUGGCGUUCAGUACUUCUUGCGGCAAAAGUUCGAUAGACAAAAGGGAGGGUUCCAGAUUGUGAGGAAGACGUUCUCAUGUCAUACGGAGCCGGAAGUUCGCACUGAGAGCGAAUUGCAACGGAUGCGUCGUUUGAAUAGACAUGUAGAUAUGUAGAAAGAAUGAAUAGCGCAGUAAAUGACGUUAAUAUUUAUGUUGUAUUAUUGUCUGGGGGUCAUGAAGGCGAAUCUUUUGGAGGCACUUCUGCAGGCUUUUCUCCUGUACCUCGAAGGAAAACGGCACCCAUUGAACCAACAAUUUCCCUGGCCUUGUACUCCUUUGCAGCAUCAGCCAGCUCAUCCACCACCGCUUGCAGCCUCUGGGGUAUGUCCUUGGGAGCCUUGUGCCCUUUCUUCGUGACAAACACCAAAUCAGCUUUCCUCCCCUUCUCUAGUUCCUUCCUAACGUUAUUGAACUUGUGCGUCAAAUCCGAGGGAGCCAUGUUCCAUGUGAACUGGAACUCUUUGUGCUCCGCCUUGCGAUGACUUUCUAAUCGCCUCGUCUUGGCCGCC